AUGAACUGGAAGCCCAUAUUCCUCAACGGGCCGCGACAUUACGGUCAACCAGUGCCCUUGCUCAUGCAAGCUCCACAAUUGCCUGGAGUUUGGAGGGCAUUCAACAACGCUGAGGCAGCCUUCCAAGCCUUGAAGUUCUGGGACCAGGCCAACGACUUUGAGCCACUAUCGGGGCCGGCGGCCUUCUUCAAGUAUCGAAGCAUGCAAGGUCAUGCGGACUUUGAGUAUGCUGGUUUCGGAAGCAACUGGAAAGCCAUGGCCUCUGUCCUUGAAGUGAAGUUCGCUCCCGGAACGCUGAUGGCAGAACUUCUGGAUCUAACAGGAGAUGCAUUUCUGCUCGAGCACAACGAGAUUCCAGGUCGCGACUGCAUUUGGUCUGACAACCAACAGGGGGAUGGCUUGAACUGGCUUGGCCUGCAGCUGAUGCUCCUGCGCGAACAGCCGCGCAAGUCCAGGUUUUGGUCUGCCUGGCUUCUGCGGCAUUGUGAUCGACAGACUGGGGAUGUGGAUGAGGUCUGGCGCAAUUCGGUGCAGAGAGCGGCGGCCAGGCUGAAAGGGGCCACCGGAGUGAGAAGUGGUCGGUGA